AGGUGGAGAAGGGUUUGGUUGACUCGCAGCUGUUUGUCUGUUCGACACAGGCUCGGGCCCGAUUGGGUAGACGGAGGCUUAGGACUUCGAGAAGCUGGGAAGCCCCCUUCCCCUCCCCCCCUUCCCCAUCCCCACCCCACCCCACCCUAGUAUUUGACCAUGACAAGCAGAGGCACAGCUCGGCCCAAUGGCCAGCCCCAGGCUAGCAAGAUCUGCCAAUUUAAACUUGUCCUGCUGGGGGAGUCUGCCGUAGGCAAGUCUAGCUUAGUGCUACGCUUCGUCAAGGGGCAAUUCCAUGAAUACCAGGAGAGCACCAUUGGAGCCGCCUUCCUCACACAGUCAGUCUGUCUGGAUGACACAACAGUCAAGUUUGAAAUCUGGGACACAGCAGGACAGGAACGAUACCACAGCUUGGCACCCAUGUACUACCGGGGUGCUCAGGCUGCUAUUGUGGUCUAUGACAUAACUAAUCAGGAAACCUUUGCCCGGGCAAAGACAUGGGUGAAAGAACUACAGCGACAGGCCAGUCCCAGCAUUGUCAUUGCCCUGGCAGGAAACAAGGCUGACUUGGCCAACAAGCGCAUGGUGGAAUAUGAAGAGGCCCAGGCAUAUGCAGAUGACAACAGCUUAUUGUUUAUGGAGACAUCGGCCAAGACAGCCAUGAAUGUGAAUGACCUCUUCUUGGCUAUAGCUAAGAAAUUGCCCAAGAAUGAACCGCAAAACAUGGGAGGUACAGGAGGCCGAAGCCGAGGUGUGGAUCUCCAUGAGCAGUCGCAGCAGAACAAGAGCCAGUGUUGUAGCAACUGAUGGGGUGGCUGGCAGCAAAUGAGCGUAGAGCGAGCACGAGAGCUAAGACCUAACUUCAGUCCCCACCCCUCAGCACACAGCCCCUUCGGUAACAGCACACUGAGCCCUGGCUCCCACAGGCCACCUCCCAACAGCUCCGUCCUGGCGCUUGUUAAUGCUUCAGCAACCAACAACAACAGGCAGCUGUUGCCACCGGCCUCCCACCUCUGCCCUGGGGCUCAAGGGGGGUGGUUAGUUCCCCCUGGAACUCACCUUCCAAAACAGACUUUCUUCACUUUGUAUUAUAGGUGCAAGACAGUAACCUACUUAUCUCUCUUUCUCUUCCCACCCUUCAUCCCCAUGUCUUCAGAUAACAUUUUUGUCGCUUGCUCCUGCCUUCCAUCAAUAACUGGUUUUGGUCCCUUUCCCCACCUUGAUGUCCCCCUCUUCCCAGGGUUGGAGAGGUGAACUUGAGAUAUGAGAAGGGGUACACAGCACAUCCACAUUGGUAACCGGGGGAAGGGGGGGGGGAUAAGGGUCUGGCAGGAAAACAGCUCCUUUUUUCUCAUUAUAUAAUGGGUAUUUCCCACAUUCGAAGAAAGCUGCAGUGUCCAUGAUCCUCUUCUUCUACCCCUGGGUGGGUGGAUGGGAAACUUCUGGGCAAAGGUGAGAACAGGAGAAAAGUGUGCAGGGUCAUGCUGAGUUAGUUAACCUGGGCAGAGGAAGAGGCUUAGGGCUCCUUGGGAACUCUGUAGUACUUUCUCUGCCUUUAUUUUCCCUUGGCCUUUGGGGGCUCUUCCCCCAGGGUGAUUCAGCCCCAGGGUCUUCCAAAGAACCGUUAUUGGGUGCCUUUUUCUUGGCUCUGCUGUGGUCUAGUUGGAGGAGGGACCAGUCUCUGAUACCCAUCCUCUGAUUGAUAUACAUAUAGAAUUGUUUUCCUCAUUGGCCUCAGCCCCAUCACCUGUUCUCUCUCAACCCUGGGCAUGGCCUAUCACUGCGGUUUGCACUUUAGUUGAUGGUUUAUUUGGGAUGCUUAUUUUAGGGGUUUUUUAACGCACACGCCUUCCUUUUUUAACUACAUGGAAAGUGAGGUGUAUACGAGGUCUGUGGGGUGGGUGAGAAAGGGCAGUGGCAGCUACCCAAGCCAAACCCUCUCUCCUCCUUGAUCCUACCCCCAGACUUUGAUUCCUCUCCGCCUUGUCCACUCCUCAACCCUUCGCUGUGUUUGAGACCUUACCACUCUGAAGACCUGGUGGGGAGACUGAGAUUGAAGAGGGAAGCACAGGCCAAGGUAGAGAUUAAGGCAUGUCCCAGGCAAGAGGCAGGAGUAUGGGGAGAGGGGAGGACGGCUACCUUUCCCUCAAAUGGGAGUCACUCAUUUUGAUGCUCUAUCCCCAUUCUCUUUUCUACUUCCCUGUAAAUAGGUAUGAUGAUCUCUUUCUCCAUUGUACGGUCUGUCAUGCCAUUUGGCUUCCAAAUGGGCCUCAGUCAUGCCCUGUUUCUUCUGUCAGGAUCCCUGGCCUUAACCUUCUACCCUACUCCUUUGAUUCAUUCUUCAAUAUCCCACUUCUGAGGGACAAUGGCAACUCAUAUUCCCUAGGAGCCACGGCCCCCAUAUCCUGCUCUUUUGUCACCACUCCCUCCAUGGAAGCGUAAGCCACAAAGUCCUAGUUGUAGUCCCACAGACCAUACUAGCUGCUCUUCUGGCCAGUGAAGCAGCUGAUUUCAAGAGUUCUUUCAUAAUAGUUACUUCAAAAAGUGUUACUUCAUUAAGAGGGAUUAAAACACUUGCUGCAUCCAGAGUAUAGAUCUCUGAGGUAAAGGUAGGUGGAAAAGGGCCUGGGUUUAGAGUAUUUGGGGAAAACUGUCAAGAGAACAAAUUCCAGGAGGAAGUAGAAGAUUACUGUUGCUCCAAGUUUCCUCUUAUUCACCAUUAGGAAUGUGGCCUAAUAUUUAGGAGAAAGCUAUUCAGGACCAUGGCUGAUUUCUAAAUCCUGGGGUUUAAGAGUCUUACCUGUUUUCCUGGCCCACAGUCACUUGAACUGCCUUACCUGUCUCAAAUACCAAAAAAAAAAAAAGCUAUGAAAUUUAUAACCCUAAGACCUUGUUGCAUUCAUCUUAAGACCUUCAGCUGAGCUUCUCCCAGUGGCAUCCUUAAUUCCCCAGGGGCCUGGCAGAUUUUUUUUCCUUCCCUUCAGGUUGCCAUCAAGUCAUCAAACACUCAGCAUUCUUCAAAGAAGCUAGGGAACUAGAAGGGAUCUCUAGGUCUCUGCAUAUUUGUGUGUCUAUCCCUUGGGGUGAAGGUCUAUCUUUGCCUUGAGAUUGGAGUCUUUUCCCCAGAAGAUUCUCUUUAUUGCCCCCCGCCCUCCAUAACACACUUAAGGAACAGGAUUGGCCUUAGCUUCUUUGGCUUGUCUACUGCCUUCCCUCCCUUUUCUGCUUAUCUCUGGUUUCAGUGAGACUGUAGCUUCACUGGGCUUUGGGAGUUUUUUUAAUUUUUCUGCUUUUUUUUUUUCCUGAUCAGUUGUUUUUAUGGGUUUUUUUUGAAACUUUUUUUUUGCUUCCAAGAAACCAUUUGUCUUUCUCCCUUUCCCUUCUCCAAAUAUAACAGUUGUGGUAACAGAAUGCACCUGCUGAUUUACCAAUGUAUUUAAUGUAAGUAAAAAAAAGAGGGGGAAAAAAAGAGGGAAAAAGUGUAUUAGUGUUUCUUUCCUGCUGUUUUUCUAGCUGAAGCUAGAUGUUGGGAAAGGAGGGGGCAGCUACAUUGAAUCAAAAUGUCUAGUUUGAUUCCAUUUUCCAUCUUCCUCAGAACACUGAAGGCGGCUUCAAGAAGGGCCAAAGUUAUGUUUGGGGCUUUUUAUAUUGUAGGAUCUUCUCUGUUUGUAAAGGAGCAAAUCACUUAUAAAGGUUAUCAGAUCCCUUUGGAGUUUCUCCAA